CACGCAGCUGGUUGUGCUGUCACGAGCCUAGUGCGAGCCGCGGAGAGGAGGCUGGAGAAUUAGAGCGGACAUCAAUUAUACAGGACAUCUUAUUUACCGCGUUUAGUGCGUGAUAACGAGAGCAGGGCUAGCACUUAAUACCGCUGCCCGGCCGUUAAGACUCUCUGCCGAGAGACUGAGACCGAGCGAUUCCGGUCAACCCGUGAUGUAUUCCUGCAUUUGAAUGAUACUGCUAGCCAGCUAGCUAGCUAGCUGUUGAGCUAGCUGUACGGUGCGUGACUCGGAGUAAGUUAACGUUAAAUUCUCGGCCGUUAUUUUUUAUUAACACACCUGACUGCGUUCACCUGAGAGACAUCCAAACAGCGGGUGAUUUUAACUUCAGUCGGUUGGUGCUGUAGCUGUCGUGCGCGUCGCUUGUGUCCUAGCCAGAUAAGGAUUGAAUGAAAUAACGUUAGCUUGCCACAGGCAGCGGAAACGAGCCAGUUAACAGGGAUAACGUUAACUUAUCCUGCUGCUGGCUGAUCCACCGUCAUCCAGCUAAUCUAGCACAUGCUAUCUGAGCUAGCCACCCACAGGCACACAGUCCGCCCGGUAGGUCACCGCCAGCCAUAAAGUUGAAGCUAACGACUGGACCUGCGAGGUAGCUAACUCGUACCAAACGUCAAGUUGGCCAUCUUCCGCUAGAGUCCAGUGUGAAAGGCUGACCAGCGCCAGGUCGUUUUUACGGAUAAGGCCGGAGUGAGGACAGAAACCUGCAAACAUGCCGGCUGUGUCGAAAGGAGAUGGAAUGCGAGGAUUAGCAGUCUUCAUUUCCGACAUUAGAAACUGUAAGAGCAAGGAAGCUGAGAUCAAACGGAUCAACAAAGAGCUUGCUAACAUCCGCUCCAAGUUUAAAGGGGACAAGGCUCUGGACGGCUACAGCAAGAAGAAGUAUGUUUGCAAGCUGCUCUUCAUCUUCCUGCUCGGCCAUGACAUUGACUUUGGACACAUGGAGGCAGUCAACCUGCUGAGCUCCAACAAGUACACAGAGAAACAGAUCGGUUACCUGUUCAUCUCAGUGCUGGUCAACAGCAACAGUGAGCUAAUCCGUCUGAUCAACAACGCCAUCAAGAACGACCUGUCCAGCCGUAACCCCACCUUCAUGUGCCUGGCUCUUCACUGCAUCGCUAACGUAGGGAGCCGUGAGAUGGCCGAGGCCUUUGCAAGUGAGAUCCCUCGGAUCCUGGUUGCUGGUGAUACGAUGGACAGUGUGAAACAGUCAGCUGCUCUGUGUCUGCUGCGCCUCUACAAGACUUCUCCUGACCUGGUGCUGAUGGGGGAGUGGACAUCACGCGUGGUGCACCUGCUCAACGACCAACACAUGGGUGUGGUGACAGCAGCCAUCUCUCUCAUCACCUGUCUGAGCCAGAAGAAUCCAGAUGAGUUCAAAACCUGUGUUUCCCUGGCCGUUUCCCGACUCAGCAUGAUUGUGUCGUCAGCCUCCACUGACCUGCAAGAUUACACCUACUACUUUGUGCCAGCGCCGUGGCUCUCCUGCAAGCUGCUGCGCCUGCUGCAGUGCUACCCUCCACCAGAGGAUGGCGCUGUCAAAGGCCGUCUGGUAGAGUGUCUGGAGACCAUCCUCAACAAGGCUCAGGAGCCCCCCAAGUCCAAGAAGGUCCAGCACUCCAACGCUAAGAACGCCAUCUUGUUUGAGGCGAUCUCACUUAUCAUCCACUAUGACAGUGAGCCAAACCUGCUGGUGCGAGCCUGUAACCAGCUGGGCCAGUUUCUGCAGCACAGAGAGACCAACCUGCGCUACCUUGCUCUGGAGAGCAUGUGCACUCUGGCCAGCUCCGAGUUCUCCCACGAAGCUGUGAAGACGCACAUCGAGACUGUCAUCAACGCCCUGAAGACGGAGAGGGAUGUGAGUGUGCGACAGAGAGCAGCUGAUCUGCUCUAUGCCAUGUGUGAUCGCAGCAACGCCAAGCAGAUAGUAGCUGAGAUGCUCAGUUACCUCGAGACGGCAGACUACUCCAUCAGAGAGGAGAUGGUGCUGAAAGUGGCCAUACUCGCAGAGAAGUAUGCUGUGGAUUACUCCUGGUACGUGGACACCAUUCUAAACCUCAUCCGCAUCGCUGGUGACUAUGUCAGUGAAGAGGUGUGGUAUCGCGUCAUUCAGAUCGUCAUCAACCGAGAUGAUGUGCAGGGCUACGCCGCCAAGACGGUCUUUGAGGCCCUGCAGGCCCCUGCCUGCCACGAGAACAUGGUGAAGGUUGGAGGCUACAUUCUGGGAGAGUUUGGUAACCUCAUUGCUGGUGACCCUCGCUCCAGCCCCCUGGUCCAGUUCAACCUUCUCCACUCCAAGUUCCACCUGUGCUCUGUGCCGACCCGUGCCCUGCUGCUGUCGGCCUACAUCAAAUUUAUCAACCUAUUCCCAGAGACCAAGGCCACCAUCCAAGAGGUGCUGCGCUGUGACAGCCAGAUCCGCAACUCAGACGUGGAACUGCAGCAGCGUGCUGUCGAGUAUCUUAAGCUUUCCUCCAUUGCUAGCACCGAUGUCCUGGCCACUGUCCUGGAGGAGAUGCCUCCCUUCCCAGAGAGGGAGUCGUCCAUCCUGGCUAAGCUGAAGAAGAAGAAGGGGCCUGGUGCCGUGUCUGUGACAGAGCUGGAGGACAACAAAAGGGAGGGUGGGGAGUUGAAUGGAGGGGCCGACCGGGGGCCAGACACAGCAGCCAUGGCUGCCUCUAACGCUUCCACCCCGUCACCGUCAGCGGACCUCCUCGGGAUUCGCUCCGCUGCCCCUGUUGGCGCCGCUCCAGCCAGCGCUGGCAGCUUAUUGGUGGAUGUGUUCUCUGAGGCAGGGCCUGCCGCACCUUCUGCCGCCGUCAACGAUGACGGCUUCCUAAGAGAUCUGGAACAGCCCACCGAGACCUCUGAUUCCCUAUUGGUGGAGGGUUCUGGUGACUCGGACUCUGCUCCUCCCUCUGAGGAUCCUGCUCCUCCUCUGUCUGAGGCAGACGAACUUCUUAACAAGUUUGUUUGCAAGAACAACGGGGUUCUGUUUGAGAACCAGCUCCUACAGAUCGGCAUCAAGUCAGAGUACCGUCAGAAUCUGGGGAGAAUGUACCUGUUCUAUGGUAACAAGACAUCAGUGCAGUUUGCCAGUUUCACCACCACAGUCAACUGUCCUGGGGAGCUGCAGUCUCAGCUCAACGUUCAGACCAAACCAGUGGAACCACUGGUGGAGGGUGGAGCCCAGAUCCAGCAGGUCCUCAACAUCGAGUGUCUGACUGACUUCUCUGACGCCCCCCUGCUCAACAUCAAGUUCAGGUAUGGAGGGGCUCUGCAGAACCUUACCCUCAAACUGCCUGUCACCAUCAACAAGUUCUUCCAGCCAACUGAGAUGACUUCACAUGACUUCUUCCAGCGCUGGAAACAGCUCAGCCAGCCUCAGCAGGAAGCACAGAAGAUCUUCAAGGCCAACCACAGCAUGGACACUGAAGUCCUGAAGGCUAAGCUGCUCGGACUAGGAACGGCCCUGCUGGACAACGUCGAUCCAAACCCAGAGAACUACGUGUGUGCUGGAGUGAUCCAGACCAAGGGCCAGCAGGUUGGCUGUCUGCUGAGACUGGAGCCAAACGCCCAGGCACAGAUGUACCGUCUGACUCUGCGCUGCAGUAAGGACUCUGUGUCCAGGCGUCUCUGUGAGCUGCUGGCCCAACAGUUCUAAGAGUCCAGACCUCUACCAAGACCAGUACUCCCACCCCCACCAGCGACCUGCCCCUCAGCCCUCCUGCCACACCUGUCCUCCUCCUCCCUCCAACAAAGAGUCUCUGAGUAAAAAAGGUGUAACCAACAUAAGGGAAAAGCAGCCGCUGCAGCAGCAGCGACCAAGUUAUCAUCCUCCUCUUCAUCCUCGUUAUCCUGUCCCAGAUUCUGUUUAUUAACAUGAUGCUACAUCCUUGUUUUUGUUGGUGUUUACCUGUGUAGCUGGUGUGUGUGUGGCUAGGUGUGUGUGUGUGCGGGCGUGUGUGUGUGUGUCCCAUAGUUGUUCUGGGGUCUCAUUCUGCUUCAUCCUGACUGCUCUGUAGUACUGCUGGUGUGUGUGUGUGUGAGAGAGAGAGAGAGAGAGAGAGAGUGUGUGUGUGCAUGAUUUCUUUUGAAUUGGUAGAACAUUCCGUGAAGUCAGAUGGGAGAAGCUGUUCAACACACACAUGUACUCACCCCCUCCCUCCACACACACACACACACACACACACACACACAAAGGUAUACAAUCUACGUGACUCCUUGUGGUUCUGGUGGGACCCACUAAUGAAGUGGGACCUGAGGGUCCAGGACUCUGAUCUGAUUUUUGUUAAUCAUUCCCAGUGAAGAUGCACUUAAGGUGCUGGGAUCUGAUCCAGCAUGACACCCCCCCACCCCCACC